AUGUUCAAAAAUAUACUUCAAAAAACUAGAAACCUUUCAAGAAGGUUAUCUAAAUCCUUAGAAGAAUUAAGUAGAAAUUUGCAACAACCAAGACAUCCAUCACCACAAUUUCAACCAGUUAGAGUACCAGUCCAUAAUCAAAGACCAAGACAAUUUGUUAGAAAUUUUUCAACUUAUCAUUCAUUCAACUAUAAUACAUGGUCAUAUUCAAGGUAUUAUAAAUCUAAGAUAUUAACAUUAUUAAAACAUCAAAAUUUUAUGUUUCAUAAUUUUAGUCAAACUUAUCAAUCAACGUUUAGAUUAAAAAUGUAUAAUGUAAAUUUGAAAUUUACAUAUAGAACAUUAUUCAAUGGAUUAAAGGAGAAAUUUCAAGUGUACAACAAUUCGCAAAAUAAUACGCAAGAUUCAUUUAAUCCAAGUUUAAGAUUAAAUUUAAAAUUAUCAAGUAAAAAUCAUCAAUUAACACUUCGUCUAUCAAAAUCAGAAUCAUCAGCUACUCAAAUUGAAAAUUUAAAAGCAAAAAAUUUACAAAGUUCAACAUUUUUAGAAAUUCCUCUUCAAUUUUCUUUAUCAAUUCCACAAGAAUCAAUUUUAAGUGAUGAAAUUGUUGAAGAAGUAAUGUUUAAUAUAAAAUUAUUUGAAAAGAAAUUAAAAGAUUUUAAAAAUGAUUUAAAAGGAUUAUUUGAUCUUGGUGAAUUACCAAUAAAAUAUAUUUCAUCAAGAAAUGUAUUUAGAAUUUAUUUUCCAAAUUGUGAUAGAGAAAGAUUGGAAAUUUUGCUAAAAGAUAAAGAUAUAAUUGGAGGCGUUAUAGUUGAAGAAGAAGCAAUUGUUGAUAUAAAACCAAGAAUAGUAGAAUAUGAUUCUGAUAUUUUAAGUACCUCAAUUGAUUCAAAUACAAUAUCAUCAGAUGUUUUACCUAGUUCAAACUCAAAUAUAUCACCAUUAAGUGAGAAUAGUAUAAUACGUCCAACUAAUGAAUUAAUGACUAUUAAUAAUAUAUCAAUUAAUGAUGAUUAUCAUUGGGUUUAA